CAGGUGGAAGCAAAACGUAAACAAAAUUUGCUCACUCUAGCAUUUUCCUCCUCGCUACCUCGCUGAAACUAUUUUCAUGGCUGCCAUGGAACAAAAUGAAGUCAUAUUAAGUGAAGGUAAUGGCCUUCAGAGUACCAAACUUCUCACGGAUAAAAUCAACGCGGUGUGUUACAUCGAGACUGUUCUCAAAGAUCCGAUUUCCCGCAAAGAGCGACUAAAGCGAGGUACCGGUUUCCUAUCCAAGCUUAAUAUGCCAAGUGAAAGAGGUUGUCUUGAAAUUUAUGGAGUGUUUACUAAUAACCACGUGCUUGGCUCAAUAAACGAUGCUGAAAAAGCUCACGCCACGUUCGGGUAUGAAGGAUCAGAAGAAGGACAGCAGGUUAAAUUAAAACCAGAAAAAAUGUUUCGUACCAACAAGGAGCUUGACUAUACGUUUGUUGGUGUGGACAAGGCAGAUAUUGACGGUUUGAACCUAACCAUUCAACCCAUACUUAUGGAACCAGAGCCGGAAUUGAAAAAGGGGGAGAAUGUCAUGAUAAUUCAGCAUCCAAAAGGACGACCCAAGCAUUUCUCUCAAGAAAAAAUUUCAAAUGUGGAGAAACCCUUUGUUUUCUAUAAAGCUGAUACAGAGACCGGUUCCUCUGGUUCACCAGUACUGGCCUCUGAGGGACUGGCACUGAUUGCUGUUCAUCACAAAGGAUGUGGAGAACUGAGUUACAAUAAAGGAACAUUGACCAGUGAAAUUCUGAUGCAUCUGCAGGAAGGAACUUAUACAAAAAUCAGUGACAGUUUCUCAGACAGUCAGGACAAGGAGAUCUUUGAAGUUGGUCCCUCACCCAAAAAGAUAAAGAUGGACCAAGAAGAUUACAGCAAUCAUGAACAGCCAUCAGAAGAAGUCUUGGAAAACUUAUCUCAAGAAAUUGUCUCUUUCUGGAAGUUUUUGGGGCGAAAGCUGAAAAUCCCAAAUGCCAAACUAGAGGAGAUCCAGAGUGACAAUAUUCAGUACCCUGGAAUAAAGGAAAAAGCUUUUCAAAUGCUUUUAGCCUGGAUUGACCAAGGAAAGACUGCAACAUUUGCUCAUCUUUCAGUGGCACUCCAGAGUCAUGGAAAAAAAAGACUGGCAGACAAAUACUGUGGCUCAUCAUGAGUGCAUUUCAUGACAGUUAUAAAGAGAUGUUAAAGUAGUAGCUGAAAUGUCUAGAACAAUAUAUUUUUUAGCCAGUGUCAACUUUUUUUUUAUUCUUUUUUACCAAAAAGAUGUUGAAGUACUUAGACUGUUAAUUUCAAAAUUAUCUUGUACAAGAUCAAUUUUUUUUACAAGCAUUGCUGUUACAUCUACAUAGGUCCUAUUGCUUUCAUGUUCUUUAAUAUGGUCUUUUUGUAUUGUUUGACUGUAGUUUUCAAAUGUGUAUAUAUGACUGUGAAUACUGUAUGAUAGAGAUCUUAUAGAGAGCUUUUAACAAGAUAUUUAUUGAACCAUCUAUAUUAAAAAUUAUCUGGUUAUGGUGAAA